AUGUCGAAACAUUUACGUAUUUUGUAUUUAUUUCUUAUGGUUCUUAUGAAUAAUCGAAUUGAUAUGUGUAUACCAACACAGAUUAUUGAAGGUUUGUGGGUUUAACGUGAUUGGAAAGAACAUGAAUAUGAUUUAUUGAAGUGGAGCCAAUAACGUCUACAAAGUUUUCAAUAUCCACAACAUCUAGCAGCACAACUACUUCUACAACCACAACAACCACACCUAUCCCACCAUGUCCUGAUUCAACCUGGACACAAUUUGAUCGUGGAACUUAUUACUGGUGUAUGAAAGUGUUAUUUCAAAAAUUGGAAUUGGCAGCUCAGCAAACAUCGUGCUCCAUAUUGAAUUCGAAAGCAGUUGCUACAGGAUUUCAAUCAGUCGACGAGAUCAACACAAUGAUGACAGUCGCCUUGAGUGAAGAUAGCAGUUUUGACACUCUAGGAAUUGGAGCAAAGCGUGUAGAUGGAUGUAUGAUUUAUGGUCUCUCUGCCACGUGUACACAAUUAACAUCUUUCGAGUGGACUGAUGGCUAUACAACUGGAACUGAUGGCUUCAAUUGGGCUGAGAAUCAACCGGAUCACGCUGGUCAAACUUGGAUGUGCAUUUAUCCGAAUGGGGAUAUGGACAACGAUUGGCCGACGACUGUUAAUAGUGGUGUGAUUUGUGGAAUGUUGGCUGGAAAUUGA